CUAUAGAAAUUUGUGUAAGCUAUUAUUAAAACUGAUGUGUUUUUUCUGUAGUGUUAUAUAAAAAUAAUAACUAAGUGAAAUAAAAUAUAUAAAUUUUCAAUUGGUGAAUUACAUCUUUUGAAAUGGAGUGCAUUUUCAGUGCGUGUCAUCGAUUUACAUGGCCAAUGUUUUUUUUGCUGGCAAUAAUAUUUCACAUAAAAACAACAGCCUCUCACUCGGAUGGACUUUUCACAUUAACUGAUCAUGAUUCCCCAGCAGUGUCACCUAAAUUUCUAUCGCGCGGACAUUUGUAUAAAGUCAUAGUUGGUGAAACUAUAGAACUUCCUUGCAAGGUUCAAAAUCUUGGAUCUUUUGUUUUGUUAUGGAGAAAAGGUUCUUCCGUUUUAACAGCGGGUCACUUAAAAAUAACAAGGGAUCAAAGAUUCAAAAUUGUGGGGGACUACAAUCUUCAAAUAGCAAGUGUGAAAACUCAGGAUGCUGGUGAUUAUAUUUGUCAACUUGGAGAUCAAGAAAAUCGGGAUCAAGUUCAUACUGUGGAAAUUUUAGUACCGCCAACACUUCGUGCGUUACCGCACAAUGGUCAAGUUACUGCUCGUAAAGGAAGUACCGUUACCUUAGAAUGCAAGGCCUCGGGUAAUCCAGUACCAACUAUUUAUUGGUUUAAAAAAGAUGUGUUCGCAGGCCCAACUCAUUUAUCUGAUAGUUCAACAUUAAUAUUGGAGAACGUCGAUAGACAUCAUGCUGGAAUCUAUCAGUGUUCUGCGGAUAAUGGAGUGAAAGAACGCGUAUCGAUGGACAUACAACUAACUAUUCUUUCCCCACCUGAAAUAACUGUCGAGAAGUCAUGGGUUCAUGCAGCCGAAGGUCAUGAUGUGGAACUUGCUUGCAUAGUUCAUGGAGAUGUAAAUUCUGAGAUGCUGUGGUAUCAAAACUCCUUUCUAUUAGAUCCUACCGAUAGAAGAUCAAUGCAGUCCAAUGAUGACAAAUAUACGUUAAUAAUUAGGAAAUUUCAACCAUCUGACUUUGGAAAUUAUAGCUGCGUUGCCGAUAACGCACUUGGUAGAACGAAAAAAUAUAUUGAAGUCUCCGGACGUCCGGGUCCUGCAAACUUCAUAUCACCAGCUUUGAGUGGUUAUCUCGAUCAUUAUAAUUUAACGUGGACUAUUGAAUCAAUACCCGCGCUCGAUGAAAUUAAACUUUUGUACAGACGACUAUUGAUGAAUGAAACGUAUCAACAUCCAGGAAAAUGGCAUGAAAAUCAUAUAAAUCCAACGUUAAUUCGAUUUGAUAACACUCACUUUAUUAUGUCACAUGUGAUAAAAAAUUUGGAGCACAAUGCAGUGUACGAGGCCAUUGUUCAAGCCAAGAAUAAAUAUGGAUGGAAUGAGAUUAGUGACAUUCAUCAAUUCUACACCAGAAAUCACGACCUUUUGCUUGACAUAGAUAUGGAGUACAAAAUGGGAAUUUCGAAUGGAAAAGGGCACUCACAUAAUUCCAAUAUUAUAAAGACAGUAUUUGCCUAUAUAAUUUUCCACAGUUUGAAAGUUUGUAUUUAAGGACUUAUUACUUUAUUAUUCAUUAAAAAAUGUGCCUUAUACUUCAGUUCAAUAUUUAAAUUAAUAUUUCAAGCAUUGUUUUUGUUUUUUACAAUACAUUUUUUAUAAAAGAGUUUAGAACACUACUUACUGGAAACCGUUCUAUGUUGCAAAUUAUCCAUAUCUUUUAUAUUUUAUAUUUCACAAUAUAUUUUUUAUAAUAUAAAAGUUUAGUAUACUAGCCACCAUAAACCUUUUCAUGGGUAAAAAAUGAUCCGCUCUAAAUAUCUUUGCAAAAUUUUUUCCUAAUCAUUAAUAGCCACAAAUUUAUUUGUAAACAAACUUUAUUAACCGGUUACAAUUACCUGCAACUUUUGUGCAGUAGAUGAAAUAAUACAAAAUCAAAAUUACUACUGGAUUUAAGUUUUGAAAGCGUUCGUAGCCCUAUUGCAUUUAUUAAACUUAAAUCUUUUUAUUCUUUGCAAAACUUGUUGAGUGUCUUCGAGCGUGAAGAGUAAAUUUUUCAUAAUUGAUCAUCAUUGCUACAAAUGUUUUCAAAAAACCAUUGUAUGUAAGUCAAAUAUAUGUGGUUAUAAUACAAGUUCGAAAAAAGCUUAGGGCCGUUUUCUCAAUACCCGGAUAAUAUGAUCCUUAGCCGCUAAUAGAUAGUUUUAACUGACAGAACCGUUUUCACCAAGUUGUGGGUAUUGUGAAAGCGUAAGGAAAACAGUUCACAAAACUUACAUUAUGGAGA